AUGACGAAACUGUCCCCCUCUGGAACUCCCGAGAAGGAGGGAAAGAGAGACGUGGUAGAAGACGUUGUAGUUUCAUCACCUAAGAGGUUGAAGCUAGACAGUGAUGCUGCAAGCGACAAGCCGGAAGAAGAAAAGGCGCCCACUAAGAAGCAGCUUGAAAAGAUCGAACGCCAGAAGCAACGAGAACUUGAAAAAGUAGAAAGAGAUCGAAAAAAGGAAGAGGAAAGAAUCAAGAAGGAGGAAGAUAGACGAUUAAGGGAGGAAGAGAGGAAAAAGAAGCUAGAGGAGAAGGAAUUGGAGAAGGAAUCGAGGCGGAAGAAGUUGGAAGAGGAAAAGAUCGAAAGAGACAGGAAGAAGGAGGAGGAGAGGCUAAAAAAAUUAGCUGAAAGAGAAGAAAAGGAGAAGAUCAGGUUGGAGAAGAAGCUAAAGUUGGAAGAAGAGAAGCGCAAGGCUGAUGAAGAGAAAAGGAAGGCAGAGGAAGCUAAGAAGAGGGCCGAAGAAGCCAAAGAAAGGAGUCAAAUGAAGAUAUCGUCCUUCUUCACGCCAAAGAAACGCGUUCUGAGCGAGGAAUCAGAGCCAUUGACCAACUCAAUUGGGAAUGACAAUAGCGAUACACCGCUGACGGGUGCCACUUCAACAGCAUCAUCAACAUCUUCUUCAACUGCAUCUACAAAUGCCACUUCCACAAGCACUUCACCCUCUAAAUCGAACAAUAGAAGCUCACCCUCCAAAAACUCACAUAUUUGCACAUAUGACAGAGUAUUCUUGCCGUUUUUCCAAAAGAAGAACGUUACUAUGCCCAAACUGAGUACACUUUCCAAGGAAGAUCUCGCCAUUGCGAAGGACAGCUUUGAUUCCAUAAUAUCCAUAAAACGUGAGGAAAACCAACACUCCUACGAAAAUUUCAUGAAGAAUUGUACAUUUAAGAUACAAUCGAAGACGUCAAACAGCUCCGUGGAAACAACCAAAUCUGAGAUGCUGACUGAAAAGAUAAUGGCAGCAUUGAAUUCCAACGAUGCCACAGAGAAUGAGAUAUAUGACAUGAUUGAGAGGAUCCCACCUAUUAAAUAUUUGCAGUUUUACGAGAACUCGAAACCCCCAUAUAUAGGAACGUGGUGCUCCGAAGAGCAUCUUAAGAUCAAGUUCCCUGCCAAUGAUCCUUUCUUUAAGAUUCCAGCGGGCGUAGACUAUGAUUACGACUCUGAUUUUGACUGGAAUGAGGAAGAAGAUGGCGAAGAAGGUGAAGGGGAGGACAUAGACAAUGAUGAAGAUGACGAAGAAGAAGAAGAUGUAAUGGACGAGGAAGAAGAAGAUUUCGAAGACUUUGUGGACUCCAAUGGAGAAGGGCAGAAGAAGAAGAAACGAUUUGUGGGACCUUUAAUUUCAUUGAGUAUAUGGAAUGAUGGGAACGACAAUGACUUCUUUGAGACAAUGAAGUAUGAACCAGUGAACGAAAAGAUACAAUUCCCCAUAAACCCAACGUUUGGGUAUUGGUCAAGGAAGAAAGUAGAAAAAGAUGAAGACAGAGAGGAAAGUAAAGCGGUUGAUCUGAAUAAUGUUAAGGUAGCAACACAACAACAAUCUGAAGAAAAACCACUGCUUCCAAUGCUGCUGCUGGUCGGUGCUGCUGUUUCUGCUACUGCUGCUGCCCAUACUACAAUUACCGAUAUUAUUGGGUCAAAUUCCGCUCCAAAUGUUUUAGUUGCUCAAAAACCAAAGAUCAAAGACAGCAAGGCCAUAUUUGAGCUAUUAAAGUUUGUUGAAGAAAACAACGACUUCACCAUUGGAACUUUGGUCGAACUUUCCCACAAGAAAUUCAAAUCUUUCACCAAGGCAUUGAUCAAGCAUACCAUAAAAGAUAUCGCAACCUACAACAAGAAAACUGGUAAUUGGGAAGUGAACCAGGAAAUAAAGGAAAAGCUUAGUCAAGGAGUCAACGCCUGA